AAAAAUGAAUGGCAAAAUCGCUGCAAAUAUUCUUUUAUUCGUUUUAUUAAAUUUAUUAAUUAACACCCUGAUGGCAAAAGAAACAUGCCAUGAUGGCACAAAGUGUGAUAAUGUUUGUUGCAACUAUUCUAAAAUGAACAAAUAUUAUUGUUGCACAACUGUUAGUGCCUGUAUCACUCACAAUGGUAAAUGUGCUCCUACUAAUGGAAUUAUGCCUUUGUUAGCGGGAGAAAAGAAUUGA